AUGGUAUUAUACAGUGUAAUGUCACCGAACUCAGUGGAUGAUUUGAAUCAUCUUACCCAGCCCAACAUUGAAGAGUACUGUGCAGUAUGUGGUGAUCAGGCUGAUGGCUAUCACUAUGGAGUACUGUCGUGCCGAGGAUGUAAUGCCUUCUUUCGACGUGCUAUAACUCAGAGUUUGCACUUUCAGUGUCGACGUGGAGGCAAUUGUGCUAUUGAUAAAAGUAAGUUGGGUAUGGUAGGGUAGGGUUACGGUAAGGAAGGGAGGUGUGGUAUAAAGGGGGUGGGGUAAAAUGGUGAUAUGGGAGUAUGAUAAAACGUUGUGGAAUGGUCAUAAAAGUACCGUAGAAUGAUUAUUUUGGGAUGGUUGGGUUUCUGUAGAGUAGGGUAAAAAAAGAUUACGGUAGAGAAUAUAGUAAAUAGGUAACCAUAUAGUAAGGUACUGCGAAGUAGGGCAGAACAAGGCAAACCAGGGCAAAAUACAGCCGAAUAGAGCAGGGCAAGGCAGAUUAAGGCGGGGGUAAAGCAGGGUAGGGUAGGGUAGGGUAGGGUAGGGUGAGGUAGGGUAGGGUAAGGAAGGGUAGGGUAGGGUAACAAACGCGUCACUACCCUAUUAAUAAUCAAUGUUCUCCCCCCUAUGUCUAACCGUCUCUCUAUUGUCUAUGCUCUCUAGCUUCAAAAAGGUAUAAGUUGUGUGCUUUUUGAUUGAAAAUUGAUAAGCGCCCGGGGUCGAAGUAGCCAAAAUUUAUCAAAAAUGUGUGUUUUUACAGCAAUUUUUACCUAAUUUUAAAUAUUUUUGCAAUUUUUUAGGACAAAAUUAAUGAUAUUGUCACAAUUUCAGAUGCUCGUUGUGCUUGUCGCGCAUGUCGCUUAAAAAAGUGCAAAAUGGUAGGAAUGGACAAAAAUGGUAAGACUUUUGUUAAGAUUAUACUAUUGGCUACAUUUUCUCAAAAUUUUACAUUAAAAGCUGUUGUAUUGGUUAAAUUAUGGCAGUUUAAACAAGCUGACAUUGCCAUUUUUCAAGAAAUGUUUUUUUAGUUUUUAAAUUUGUCAUAAUGACGUUAUUUCGAAGAACUUUCAAAAAUGCUUUAUAGCAUAGUUAACUAGUACCAUAUUGCACGUUUUGACCAAAGUUUGUAAAAAUAUUUUAUUGACUGGUCGAGUUAUGAUUUUUUAAAAAAGGUCAGUUUUUGCAAUUUAUAAAAUUUUUUUAAUUUGUCAUAACGAUGUCAAAUAUAAAAAUUAACAUAAAUGGUUUAUACUACUGCUAACUAGUACAAUAUAGCAACUGUUGGUCAAAAUUUGUAAAAAUAUUCCACCGACCGGUCGAGAUACGAUUUUUUGAAAAAAGUCAAUUUUUAACUUUUUUCAAAAUUUUUUAAAAUUUGUUUUAACAAUGGUGAAUAUAAAAAGUGGCAAAAUUGGUUUUUAGUAUUAGUAACUAGUACCUUUUGACCAAUUUCCGUACAAAAAUAUUUUUGACCGGUCGAGUUAUGAUAUUUUGUUUAAGGACUACCAUUAGCUUUAUGGCCGUUUUUUUGUGAUUUUAUGCCAUUUUAGUGUAUAACCUGCCAAAGGGUAGAAUGUAAAGUACAAUAUAGUAAUAUAUUUUUUUAAAAUAAAUGUACUUUGUUACCUAAAACGUUUAAUUUGAUACCUAAAGUUCAAAAAACACUAAAAACACCACUUUUUAGCGGUCCAACCGCGCCGAGACGGCAAGCCAAGUCCAUCUCGAGAUGGAAUGUCCCGAACGACCAGCACAUCUGAAUGUGGUUCACUAGGAGAGUCAUCGAAAAGUUCACCACAAAGCCUUCUCGGUUCUCCUCGGUCUUCAGUCUUCACGCCUUUGUCCAAUUUGAACGCAUUUUCUGUUCUGUCGUGCCAUAGUGGAACGGUAAGAGGGUUACUGUAAUUUUGGGGAGGGUAGGAGGAAAAAAGAAUGGAGGGGGCGGGGGUGAUAAAAAAUGAGAGAGCAGGGUGUGGCAGGGUAGGGUAGCAUACGGUACGGAUAGGUACUGUAGGGUACUGUAGGAUACGGUAGGGUACUGUAGAGUACGGUAAUGCACUUUAGGGUACGGUAGGGUACGACAGUGCAAGGUAGAGUAUUUUAACGCUAUUUAAAGCUGGCUAGCUUUGGGUUGGGUAGAAUAACAUAAAAACAGAAAUUUCAAAAAGUUUUAAAAAAUUUUAAAAAAUUUUUAAAAUCAAAAAAAAAUCCAAAAUUUCAGUCCCGAGUCUCCGAAUGUAUACCUCAAACCUCCAACUCGAUAUCCUCAUUCUUAAACAAAAUGGUCGAAGAUUACUGUGAUCAGCGACGUCGUCGUCGAACAAUGUUAUGUCAAACCCUGGAAGAGAUACUGUCAGAUGAAUGCGAAACACGACUAAAAGGACCAGCUACACCAGAAGACUACAGUGCUAUCUAUCGAGUACAAAUGGUACUAAUGUUCGAAUGGGCAGAGAAGUUGGAGGAGUUCAAGGCCGUGAAUAACCCUCAUGAUAAGGUAGGUGGGGUUGGGGGAAAGUGUCAUAACUUUUUGGUCUGUGGUUGGAAGUUUUUAGUUUUUGGGUGUAUAGUACUCAAGAUAGUACAGUAAAUGAUAAUUUUUAAAAAAUUUGACUUUACUUUAAAAAUGGCACAUAUAUAAAACUUUUAAAAAAAUCUUCGGCUUUUAUAGGCAAAAGAUUGGAUGAUAGGUGGGCCCAGAAAAACUGCCAUAACUUUUUGGACAGUAGAAAUGUAAUGAUUUUGUCGAUUCUGGUACUCAAGAUAGUACAGUAUCACAUGAUUUUUACAUAACUCAAGAAUGUAUUGAACUUACAAAGUUACAACAGUUUAAAAAUGGCAAAAUCAAAUUUUUUAUUACAUUUUUUUUGAAGGUAAGUUUAGGGAAACUGCCAUAACUUUUUUGACCCUUUUUGAAAUUUAAUAAUUUUGUGCCAUCCGGUACUCAAGAUAGUACGCUAUCGGAUAAAUAUUAUAAAUUUGACAAAUGUUUAGAAUUCACAAAGUUAUGGCUUUUUAAAAAUGGCAAAGAUAAUUUUUUGCUAUAUUUUUUUAGUUGAAGGUGGGUUGAGGAAAAGAUGCCAUAACUUUUUGGACUGUUGCUAAAUUUUAGUAAUUUUGGAGCAGUUGAUGCUAUUUAUAGUAUUGUAUUUAUAAGUUUUUGAAAAUUUAUUAAGGCGUGUAAACUGGCCAAGUUAUGACCUUUUAAAAAUUGCGCGCCAAAAACAAAAUUCAAAUUUUCAGUUCUCGUAAUUAAAAAAACUUAACAAAAAUUAAUUUUCAGGCCAAGUUACUGCGAGUAUUCUCAAUGAAAUACCUGUUAUUGGACAACAUUUUCCAUACGAUUGAAUUGAACUACACCGACCGGUUGGUACUUGUAAAUAACACUUUUAUUAAACAUGACAACACACCUCAAAUCAGUGGCAACGAAUCUCCAUACUUUUUAAAGGCUCUUGAAUUGUGAGUUUUAUUAUUUUUUUUUAGUUAAUUGAAAAAAAAAAUUUUUUAAUUUUCAUUUUUUAAAUUUUUUUGAAAUUUAAAUUUUUUUGUUUCAGAAUGUACGGUGACACAUGUAUAAGCGUUUUGGAAGAAUUGAUCCGCCCUAUGAUUGAAAUGAACAUAACUUUUGGUAAGCUACUUUACCCUACCCUACCCUACUCCAUCCUACCCUACCCUACCGUACCCUACCCUACCCUACCCUACCCUACCCUACCCUACCCUACCCUACCCUACCCUACCCUACCCUACCCUACCCUACCCUACCCUACCCUACCCUACCCUACCCUACCCUACCCUACCCUACCCUACCCUACCUUACCCUACCCUACCCUACCCUACUCUACUGUACCCUUGCCUUGCCUUACACUGGCCUGUCCUGCUUUGGCCUAGUCUGUCUAGCCUUGUUUUGUUUGUCCUGCCCUGUUUUACCUUACCCUACCGUACCCUUCCUUUCCGUAUCCUACCGUAUACUAUCGUACUCAAAGUAUCCUCACACACUCUACUGUACCCCACCUUACCUUACCAUACCCUGCUCUAGCUUAUCCUAUCUUACCUUAUACUUCAUAUAUUGUCACUUUAAACCUUAUAUUCUUAUAGGAGAGAUCCUAGCCCUUCGGCUGAUAAUUUUCUGGAAUCCGGGUUCAGUUGGGCUGACUCCAGAGACGGUUUCGAUCAUUCAAAAGGCUUCGGAACGGUCGAUCAAGGAGUUACACAACUGGUUCGAUGAGAAUAAAGUGCCUGAGGUGAAGACACGGCUAGGCAAUGUGCUUUUGUUACUUCAGCCUCUGGCGGUGAGUUUUAAAAUUUUUUGAAAUUUUAAAAAUUAAAAAUUUUUUUUUGAAAUUUUGAAAUUAUUGAAAUGAAAUUAAAUAUUUAAAUUUUUUAAAUUUUAAAAAAAUUUCAGAAGCACACUCAGCACCUACAAGAACUGGCUGAUAUGAUACCGGACUUUGGGUUGAUGCCAGAAUGGGAUUCGUUUAUGAAUGAUCUACUCAAAUAG